GCUAAUGAUACUUAAAAAAGCAACCCUAAUGUCCCAGCUGAAUUACUGAGCACUUUUGUGAUUCCUGGACCUGCUUCUGUUUAAAUAAGAAAUUGUCCUUAGUACUUGGCCUCUCAUCCCAGAAGCAUCCGCUUGGGUGCUGUAUGCAAGUCCUUGACAUUCUGGAAACGAUGGGGAUUGGUAAGAAUACCACUUCGAAAUCGGUGGAGGCGGGAGGCUCAACAGAAGGCAAAUACGAGGAUGAAUCUAAACAUCCCACCUUUUUCACCCUGCCUGUCGUGAUAAAUGGUGGAGCAACAUCCAGCGGUGAUCAGGAUACAGAAGACACAGAGUUGAUGGCCAUCUAUACUACAGAAAAUGGCAUAGCAGAAAAGAGCUCUUUGGCAGAGACGCUGGACAGCAGUGGCAGUUUAGACGCACAGAGAACUGACAUGAUUUACACUAUCGAAGACGUUCCUCCUUGGUAUCUCUGCAUAUUUUUGGGGUUACAGCAUUACUUAACAUGUUUCAGUGGAACUAUAGCAGUGCCCUUUUUGCUAGCUGAUGCCAUGUGUGUUGGAUUUGACCAGUGGGCUACCAGCCAGUUGAUUGGGACCAUAUUCUUCUGCGUGGGCAUCACUACAUUGUUACAAACAACUUUUGGGUGCAG